CUCUCCACAGAUAUGUCUGAGUUUUCUGAGUGUUGCACUUCAUACCAGUCAUCCAGACUUAGCAAGCAUGGUCAUUUCUUCAGUUCCGAUCAAGGCCAAAAAAUCCCAACAAACAGCUAGCCUUACAGAAUAAGACUGGAAUGCACUAAUUCAUAAAUUGUUGUCAUUGUAUCUACUCUGAACUUUAUCUUAUGUUACCUGUGAAUAUAAUCCCACCAAAGUAUGGUCUCAGGAGACUUAUAUUUUAUGUAGAGAAAAAGACGAAAACCAAACUGAAAUCUUUCCAGAAAAAUACUGCAAAAGAAUGUGUUGUUUCAUGUUCUUAAUUAUCCAUGUGUAGUUACAUAAAAUAAAGCACAGGUUUGUUUUAAUGUCAAUAGCUAUCAAUCUAAAGCGACAUUUCUUCUGUUAGGUUUACUAUGUCUUUGGCUGGUACAACAGAAACCUAUGUAGAUGAGUAUUUCCCCAGUGUGGCCUUAGAAAACCCCAAGACAUCAGCAGACUACAGGAGCAGCCCGAGCACAGCUGAUCUUCCAAGGAACAGUAACGCUUCCGAUAGGAGUGUCGAUUACAGCAAAUCUCAGUGUUCCUGUGGAAGUUUCAAUUCUCACUAUGAUUAUUCAGAAGACUUUGUUUCCGAGUGUUCAGAAACAGCUGUUAAUAGAAGUUAUUUAGAGAAACCUGUGGUGAAAGAAAAAAAGGAGAAGAAAAAAUACAAUGUUCAUAAAAUCUCCCAACUUAAAGGCCAGAAGGAAAUCUCAGUUGGAAAAAAGCACAACUGGAAUGCACCAUUUUUAAAUCCUAAAAUCAAUAUGGUUACCCAAAGAAGAGAUACUAUGACUCAUCACAUCCUCUCAGCAAGGCUUAAUAAGAUUAAAGAACUAAAAAAUGAAUUAGCUGAUAUACAUCGUAAAUGGGAAGCCACAGUCAUAGAAAACCAAAUUUUGAAACAACUUCAGGUUAGGCACUUGAAAGCUAUAGGCAAAUACGAGAAUUCACAAAAUAAUGUACCUCAGAUUGUGGUUAAACAUCAGAGUGAAGUAAAAAAUUUAAGGCAGCUACUUAGGAAAUCCAAGGAAGAGGAAAGAAUUGUAUCUAGGAAACUUAGAGAAACGGACAGCAAAUUACUGAAGACUAAGGACGCCUUGCAGGCACUGCAGAAACUUUCUGAAGACAAAAAUCUUGCAGAGAGAGAAGAACUUACUCAAAGAUUGGCUACUCUUACGAUAAAAAUGGAGGCAAAUGACAAAACAAUACAGAGCUUGGAGAAACAACUGAGGUUGAACAAUAAAGCCUUCCAUCGGCAGCUGGCCAUCGAGAGCCAGAAGACUUCAGCAGCUCAAACAGCUAAGAACACCCUCCAAAUGGAAGUGAAACACCUUCACCAACAACUUAAGGAGAAGGAUCGAGAGCUUGAAAUUAAAAACAUCUAUGCUAAUCGGAUACUUAGAAAUUUACAUGACAAAGAAGAUUAUCCCAAAGUUUCUUCAACAAAAUCAAUACAAGCAGACAGGAAAAGUGUUUUAUUUACAACUAUGAGACACCAGGAAACCCAAAAAUCAGAAGACGGUCCCUGUUUGACAACUAAGGGUAAAAAGACAAAAGGAAACACUGGUCAUAAAGAAAAAUCAACUGACAUCGUCCAUGCGAUUCCUCACUAUGUCAGUAACCCACCAAACCAAGAGGAUUCCAAGAGAAAAUAUGAAAACUUAUCAAAGGAAGAGGAACAUUUGGAAGUACAGCCACCUCUGGAGAAUACUGGAAGACAAGGAGACAAAAAAGAAGAUCAAGAAAAGAAAACCACUUUAGCAAAAGAAGAACAGGAAGUACCACCAAAAAGAAUCCAAGUCAUUCAUCCUGAAAGGGAAGGCCACCAGGAACAUGAUACAGUAAAAGAAAAGUUUCAAAGAAGCCUACAAAUAAAUGACAUGGAUGAGAUACCUAGUAAAAAUGCUGCUCCAAAUACCAAAAUACCCCCCAAACAAAGAAAGCAUUAUUCAUUCACAGAAGCUAUUGAAAAUUUGCAUAAUGGUCUUCCUGCUUCCGGGGGACCAGCCAAUCACGGUACCUCCAAAAGCAAUCACGGUCCGGGCAAACAUUGCAGGGAAGGGGAAGACCUGAAGCCAGAGCACAGCGGGUACCAGCCCUCUUUUGGUAAGCCUUCCAGAACAAGAGCAAAGGACACCACUUUCAGAGACAAGAAGAGCAGUCUAAUGGAAGAGCUCUUUGGAUCAGGUUGUGUCUUUAAAGAUGACCAAACAAGCACUGCGAUCAUUAAAGGAUCUGAGGAGACUUUGAAAAGUAAGAGGAUGCAUCAUUUAUCUCCUAAUCAGGCCUCCUCCAGCCAUGCUUUUGGAGAUUCGAAAGUAACUGUGGUAAAUUCUAUUAAGUCAUCUUCACCUACAGAAGAAAAAACCGAAAUAAUUAUUUGAAUAAAAUCAAUAUUCUAAUACAUUCUGAUAUUCUGGUUCUUUUGCUCCUUUAAUCUCAUAAUUUGUGUGUGUGUGUGUGUGUGUGUGUGUGUGUGUUCAGUACUUAAAUUCACUGGAUGAUUAAGGCUUUGUUUUAUUGCUAAUCUAAUUCUUAAAAUCCAUUGUAUAUUAGACAAUGACGUUUCAAAUACGAAAUCACGUAUUUUUCCUACAACUGAAACACGUCCAUUAUUUUUGGAAGAGCAAUUUAUUAUAUGCCUUUAAUCUUCUAUGGUACUCCGUAGCUCGUAAAUCUAUGCUAGUCAACGCAAGAUACACACAUCUCAUACAUAUAAGAAUUUUAUCAGCAAUCAAAUUGUGUUCUAACUUAAAAACAUGGAGGCAGCUUGGAAAGGGUGAUCAGAAGACUAUUUUAAAAAAUAAAUUACAAAAAACUGAUUAUGAAGCUUGGUUUUAUGAAAAUUAUUUUUGUGUUCUCUUAUUCAGCUAAACUGGGCAUCUAAUAUCCUGCCUUUGUGGGUGACACUUACCUCAUAUACACCUAAGAUUCAAUAUUUUUUAA